AUGGCCUGGGUGGCGGUGGCGUUCCUAUGGAUGAUGCAACGCACUGGCGCCGCCGAGAAGGGCGACAAGGUGACGGCGUCCUGGUCCUUUCGUGGCGCCAAGGGGACGGCGGCCACCGCACUCCUGCUAGUAUUGAUAGCAGAGUGCGCGUGCGUCGCCGAACCGAGGUAUGAGCCAGACGACGUACAUUUAUACUUCAAACUGUCCACCCAGCAGAGAAACGAGCUGUACGAGCCUCUACGCAGAGAGCUGGUUGAUAAUAAACCGAGAAUGGUGGUAGCUGGCCACGUAUACCUCGCGCCCAAGGACGCUCGACCUAGAAGCCCGCCGGCGAGGUGGAUCAAACUCCACCUCGUUGGCGAAACCGACGAAGACCGGUGCACACUUGCUUUCGGCGAUAGCGACAUAUAUUUACUGGCAUUUCAAAAUAAAACCGAGGACUGGAAUGCUUUCCCUGGAUAUGACACGCUCUUCCCGAAAGGGAGGAAUCUGUCCUUUUCUGAGUCUUACACAUCGCUCGUAGGAGGUUUUGACAGACUUUACACGGUGCCUUUGGGGAAGCCAGCUGCCCUAAGAGCAGUGAAGGUACUUUCCGGGUAUAACCCUGACACCACUCCUGACUCCGAAGCCAAGGUGGCUGCGGCCACAUUCAUGGUUAUGAUAGCGGAGGCGCUGAGGUUCAAGCCGAUACGCGAAGCAUUCAGUAAAGACUGGGAAAGCGAGACAUUCCUCAGUAAGGCCCAGUCAAAGUACGUGGUGCACUGGGGAGCGAUCUCGUACCUUUUGUGGAAAUGGGAAAGAACUGGCAACUGGGAAGGCAGCGAAGCAAAGGGGGCGAGGAGGAUUGGAGUCACCAAUGCUGCUCAAGCACUUGAGAUGCUAGACCUGUUAAAGCGUCCGAGAGAUCUAUGCAUCAAUAGCACUCUUAGCAAGUAA